AUGGCGACACGCAGAUGUAAUCGUAUGGUGUCUGCUCCUAUCAGCCAACUUUUCGGGCCUUGCUCUUUUGCAAUGCGUGAUGUGCUGUGGCUGAUGGGAGCAGCAGACUUGGCCAGGGAAGAACCAGACGGUUUUUUCCCUUCACUACAGGCUGCUGUUGAUGAGAGGCCCACGGGGACGGAAGCAGGCAUGUGCGAGCAGAGGGUGCGAGGAAACCAGAUGCUGAAGUGGCUGUCCCAUUCCGCCCUCCCAGCUGUCGACUUGUUUGCAACCAGGGCAAUGGCAGCUGACGUCACGGGGAGCCAAACGCUGGCAGCUGACGUCAUGGGGAGCCAAACGCUGGCAGCUGAUGCCAUGGGAAGCCAUACGCUGGCAGCUGACUUCAUGGGAAGCCAUACGCUGGCAGCUGACGUGUUUGGGAGCCAUAAUUGGGCCGCUGACGUCGUGAGGAGCCAUACGCUGGCCGCUGACGUCAUGUGGAGCGAGUUUUUGAAGUGA